CCGGUCCCGGCUGCGGCGGCGCGGGCGCGGGGAUGAGCCGGCCAUGGAGCGACCUCGGCGGGGCGCACGCAGCCGGCCCGCGCUGCGGCGGGGACGCCGCCUGAGCCCGGGCUCCGCGGGGCUUCGGGGCCUCGGGCGCUCCGGGGGGGGUCCCUGCCGCCGCCUCCGGGAAGGACGGGAACCCCGCGUGGCGGACACUGCAGUAGUCACCGUACUGAGGCGCCCGAGCCUGCUCCGCCUGCGGCUCGGUGCGCUCUGGGCACCCGGGCUCCUGGCUCGGUGCACGGCGGCUGGCGCGCCGCGGCGAGCCGGCUGCGGGACUGGCUAGAGGGCUGUGCGUGCGCGUGUUCGACCGGAGAUCCGAGCUAAAGCAGAACCAGGCGGGCCGGAGCAGCCAUGCUUCCCGGGGUGGGCGUGUUCGGCACCAGCCUCACGGCCCGUGUCAUCAUCCCGCUGCUGAAAGACGAGGGCUUCGCGGUGAAGGCGCUCUGGGGCCGCACGCAGGAGGAAGCGGAGGAGCUGGCCAAGGAGAUGAGCGUCCCCUUCUACACCAGCCGCAUUGACGAGGUGCUGCUGCAUCAGGACGUGGACUUGGUGUGCAUCAACCUGCCGCCACCCCUCACCAGGCAGAUCGCAGUCAAGACCCUGGGCAUCGGCAAGAACGUCAUCUGCGACCGCACGGCCACGCCGCUGGACGCCUUCCGCAUGAUGUCGGCCGCCCACUACUACCCCAAGCUCAUGAGCAUCAUGGGCAACGUGCUGCGCUUCCUGCCGGCCUUCGUGCGCAUGAAGCAGCUCAUCGAGGAGGGCUACGUGGGCGAGCUGCUGGUGUGCGAGGUGCAGGUGCACGGCGGCAGCCUGCUGGGCAAGAAGUACAACUGGAGCUGCGACGACCUGAUGGGCGGCGGCGGCCUGCACUCGGUGGGCACCUACAUCAUCGACCUGCUCACCUUCCUCACCGGCCAGAAGGCUGUCAAGGUCCACGGGCUGCUCAAGACCUUCGUGAAGCAGACCGACCACAUCAAGGGCAUCCGCCAGAUCACCAGCGACGACUUCUGCACCUUCCAGAUGGUGCUGGAGGGCGGCGUGUGCUGCACCGUCACCCUCAACUUCAACGUGCCCGGCGAGUUCAAGCAGGACGUGACCGUGGUGGGCUCAGCCGGGCGCCUGCUGGCGGCGGGCACCGACCUGUACGGGCAGCGCAACAGCGCCUCGGCGCGGGAGCUGCUGGUGCAGGACUCCACGCCCGUCAGCAACUCCCUGCUGCCCGAGAAGGCCUUCAGCGACAUCCCCUCGCCCUACCUGCGCGGCACCAUCAAAAUGAUGCAGGCCGUGCGCCAGGCCUUCCAGGACCAGGACGACCGGCGCACGUGGGACGGGCGACCGCUCACCAUGGCCGCCACCUUCGACGACUGCCUGUACGCCCUGUGCGUGGUGGACACCAUCAAGCGGUCCAGCCAGACGGGCGAGUGGCAGAACAUCGCGGUGAUGACGGAGGAGCCCGAGCUGAGCCCCGCCUACCUGAUCAGCGAGGCCAUGCGCCGGAGCCGGAUGUCCCUGUACUGUUAGCCCAGACUGGGGACCCAGCGCGACCGAGGGCUCCCGCCUGGGGCCCAGAGAGGGGGAAAGGCUGGGGGAGA